UUUCAUAGUAUCGUUGUGUGAAAAUAUAAUUUCUGUAAAAUGGCCCUUGCACAGAAAUCCUUCCUUAACGCGCCGGCUAAGACGCAGGGGCUCCUCGUCGCCCCGGCCGUGCGUGCGCAGCCCAUUGCUCGCCGUGUCCGCAGUGCUCGCGCUCAAUCCAGCAAUGCUCUGACGGUUGCACAGAGCAAGGCUAUCGCUCAAACCAACGGCUCGCCGGUGGCCAUGCCUGCUCCGGUUGAGGAGGUCGACCUCGCCAAGCACAUGCAGGACCGCCAUGCCCAUAUUUUGCGAUACUUCCCGACCGCGCUUGGCGUGGACGACUUUAUGGCGCGCGUUGAGAUUGUGCUUGCUGGCUUCGGCUUCACCGGUGACAACACGAUUGCCAUGACCAAUCUGUGCCGUGAUGAAGUCACCCAGGUGGUGAAGGACAAGAUCGAGUCUGCUUUCGGUUCUUCCUUUAACACCAAUGGUCUGGGUGCCGUACUGACCUGCGGUGUGACGGGCAUGAAGGCCGGUCUCAGCCACUCGCCUGUUUGCGCGGGCGGCAGGGAACGUUACGUGUUCUUCGCCUUCCCGCACAUCGCCAUCAACAGCGAGGGCGAGAUGGGCGCCAUCAGCCGACCUGGCAGGCCAAAGAAGUCUUGCGCGUGCGGCGCCCUGCAGAAGUGCCUCGUCGAGUUGAAGACCGAGGGCGUCGAGGCGGCUGUGCGCUCUCCGGGCUUGCACGACCCCCUGGAGCCGGAGCUCUCCAUCCUGAAGCAGCGCCUGGCUCGCCGCAUCCGCUACGAGAAGCUCGACGUCGCCAUGCUGGAUCUGCCGUCGCUGACGCAGGUUGCGGAGCGCACUAUCAGUGACGAUCUGGAGUACCUGAUUGAGAAGGCGGUCAACCCGGCCAUGGCCGACUACGCCGUCAUCACGGGUGUCGAGAUCCACAACUGGGCCGCCAACCUGGAGGAGGGCGGCGAGCCCUCCAUGGAGUUCAUCGCUCCCACCAAGGCGUACGUGGUGGUCAACGGCGUCAAGACGCACCUGGACCUCAUGAUGGUGCCGCCCAUGUCGUUCCGUCAGCUGCAGCUCAUGGCCGGCCGCUCGCUGCUUGACAUCCCGCCGGGCGACAUUGCUGCCGGGCUGCGUGGCAGUGUGCUCCAGGAGAUCCCGUACGCCUACCUGGAGAAGCGCAUGGGCGGCGCCGCCACGGAGGGCAGCGUCGGUCGCGCAGCCAACCCGGUCAACUUGCAGAUCGCCGCGGAGUGGCCCUCGUGGCAGAGCCGCAUCCGCCGUGACAACAACGCCGCGCCGUACACUCUUCACCAGCUGGAGCGUGACAUGUACGCGCCCACCAUGGACUCCCCUGAGCUGGCUAACCUCAACUGAAUUCAGUUGUGAGGUCCUCGUUGGAUGUAGUUGUGUUCAACUACAAAAAAUUUGACCCAUAUUCCUAUGUCAAGGGCGUUGGUGAGGAGGAGGGGUGGAAGGUUUUUCUUUGAAUGAGCGGAGGCCCAAGGUGGGGUGCUGUGUGGUGUCCACGUCAUGGACCCCCCGUGCGAAGCCGUAGAGCUUUUGACGUCACCAGUGUGUCUUACGGAAGGGGCCUGGGAGACUUGUGCGUUUUUUAAGAGGGAGCUAGUGUUCGCAGGAUGCUAAAUUUUAAAUGUUUCACGUUGUGUGUGUGAGUGUGAGGAGGAGCGGAUUACUGCUGGUGACUUAAUUCGAAGGUCAUCGACUUCUGUCGUGAGAAUGUAGUCUCGGGAUUAUUGUGGAUUACCGUGCGAGGUCGGCACAUGCUUUGGUGCGAGAUCAGGAAGGUGGACCGGUUGCCUGUUAAAAUAGGAUGUUCCAGAUCUACCUGACCCCACCACAAGUCUUUUCUCCACCGAGCUGAGAAGAUUCGGCAGGCCCAGGUUAGCCAGGUUUAGGUCGGUUAUCGAGGCAGGCAUUAUGGGGUGAGAUGUAUUUUUGGUAGAGUGAGCGUUAUUGGAGUUUUUGUUUUUAGCCUUCGUGAAGGUGGAGAGGACACAAACAUGGAAGACCGUUCCAUCAUUCAAAUGUUGGGUGGUCUGAAGAUCACUGGUUUGGAUGUUGGGCAUCAAACUUUUAUUGGUCCGACCUUGCUUCCUCUUGCUCUUACUCUGCAGGUUAUCUAAUGUUCUUAGAGCGAGGAAAGUACUUGACUUUGACAAUCGCUUCGCAUGACGGUUUGAUGCUGAGGGUGUUACGGCUAGGGUUUCUUUGCCGUACAACCGUGGCUUGUUUGCCGUAUGGAACCAGCCAUCCGAGGCAUGGGAAGUUCGUAACGACGAGAUUUAGUCUUCGUGAUGCUGCUGCGUCCAGACGAGUCACAUCCGUCCUACACGACAGGUGAUUGCCUCGAAGAGGGCUGUAUAAGUACAAGUGAAAGUGCACGUUGAAGGAGUGCUGGAAUUUGAAAGAGAGCUCAUUAUUUGGUCAGGCUGCUUGUUGGGUUGCGGUUGACCGAUUUUGUUUUAUGCUAUGGUCUCCUGCCGAACUAAGCAGCGCCCGUAAAAUUUGCUGCAAUGCGGCUAAAUUAGGCAAUACACGGUUUAGCGUCGUACAUUUGCAGAAUCAGGUUAUUAUUGGGGAACAGGGUAUUCCUGCUGUCGCAAUGUAAAGUAACAGAGAUAAAAACAGACGUGAAAUUUGAAGAGGAACUCAUUUAAGUGUCAAAUAAUG